UCGGAGCUAACGGAGCUAAUGUUAGCAUUAGCAGACAAACAGCUGGACGGCGCUGAUCGAUAACCAAUCUAUAAUUAAUAUUUCACGUCGUAUCGACCUUUGUUUCCUGUGUCGUGGAGAAUCGAUCAUCACGUGAUUAGCUGCAUUAAGUUGUUUAUAAAGAGCAGCUGGUGGAUGGGCAGCAUUUAAGGUGGAAUUUAAGGUGGAAUUGUCCUGAGCCCUAGUGAACCCAACAUACGAUAUAUUGAUCCCAUCCGUAGUCUCUCUCUGCUCCUCUUCCCGUCCACAGUCUGUUGAGGGUUCUGCUGUGUGACAGCAGGUAUUGAUCCCGUAUUGAUCCGUAUUGAUCCCGUAUUGAUCCCACAUUGAACCAUUGAAGGUGCUGAUAGACUUUGGGUUCAGUUUGAAGACCAAUGUUUCCGGCCCAGUUCUCCUCAGCAGAACUUAGUCUGGUCUAACGAGAGGUUUGGUCACUGCACAGUUGGACCUCCAGAUGGACCUCCAGAUGGACCUCCAGAUGGACCUCCAAUUGGACCUCUAGAUGGACCUCCAGAUGGACCUCUAGAUGGACCUCCAGAUGGACCUCUAGAUGGACCUCCAGUUGGACCUCCAAUUGGACCUCCAGUUGGACCUCCAGAUGGACCUCCAAUUGGACCUCCAGAUGGACCUCUAGAUGGACCUCCAGAUGGACCUCUAGAUGGACCUCCAGUUGGACCUCCAAUUGGACCUCUAGAUGGACCUCCAGUUGGACCUCCAGAUGGACCUCCAGAUGGACCUCCAGAUGGACCUCCAGACUCUGUGUCAGCAGCCUGGAGCCCUGAACCUGCAUCCACUCAGACCGUCAUGUAAACCACAACCAGCUGUGAGCCAGUAACACGGUCCAGAACCAGCAAGUAACUGCUCCCGGUCUCAGAGGGUCAGGGUGGCUGCGGUGUCGCAUUGGUGGAGGAGCAGGCCGAUGGAGAGCGACUGUCGGAUCCCUGUGGCCUGCUGUCGGCCUCGAGUCCUCGUCCUCCACGCUCUGUUCUGGGGCCUCGUCUCCCUCAGGGUCUUCGGAGCGGCUCUGCUCAGCGACAGUGAGAGAACUUCAGCAGCGGUGAAAGCGGUCGCCGCCCCCUGCUGGCUGCUGGAGGACUUUGUGGUGACCACAGAAUGUGGCCAGUGUAACGCCUUCCAGACUAGGUCGUGGUCGGCCUGUGAACCAACGGGAUACGUGGAGCGAGUCAACUGCACGAGAUCCAACAGAGACGAGUACAAGAGCUGUCGGUCCGCUGUGAUGGAGGAACAUCUGUUCUGGAAGUUCGAGGCGGCCAUGUUGGCUCUGACGGCUCUGUUUGCCGUCCUCGUGGUCGUUCGUCAGCGCUGGCUGGACCGCCUCGCAUCUGAAAAGGUCCGCCGCCAGAUUGAGUCCAUCUAGGACACUGCAGGGACCAGGACCUGCACCAGGACCAGGACCUGCACCAGUAUUUUAACAGACUCUGGAGAGUUACUGAGGUCCCUCAGGGACCAGGACUAAAGAAUCCUGCAGAGAACUGUUUGUUUUCAUUUUUAACUUUAUUUAAAAUGGAUUCAUGACAACGACCUGCUGAAAUCUGUUUGAUAUGGACCUCGAACCGGAGUCUGGACCUGGGUCUGAAGACUGGGGAUGGGGGGGGGGUCCAGUGAAAACAAUGUGUAUCAUUAGUAUCAAUAAAGUGAUUGAUUAGA